AUGAAGGUGAGGAACACGCUGUUCAUCUUCGGGUCGGGCGAGUGCGGCCAGCUGCCGCCCGAGUACUGCGCGGACUACGUGCAGGUGAACCCCACGGCCGUGCGCAACCUCCCGAACGACAUCGACCAAGUCGUUUGCGGAUCCAUGCACACAAUUAUAAAGACCAAGGACGACCGGCUGUUCUCCUUCGGGUGCAACGACAUGGGAGUCCUCGGUCGGAAGACCCAUGCGAAUAGCACCAAGGACCCCGAGCAUUCUCCCACCCUACUGAACUUCACCUGCACGUCCAAGAUUAAAAAAAUCACCUGCGGGGAUAACCACACGGCGGUUCUCCUAGAAAACGGGAAGGUCUUCAUCACGGGGGGGUUUCGGGACUCCUGCGGGGUUUUGGGGCUGCCGUCCUUCCAGAGGAGGGGGGAGGUCAUUCCCAAGUCGGAGGAGUUCCUGGAGGUGCAGUUUGGCCAAGCGGAUAAUAGCGGCGGGGGUGGGAGCGGCAUGGAUGUAAGCAGCCCCGAUGUGAGCAACCACAUCAUCAUAAGCAACAUCAGCUCGGGGGAAGACCACCUGGUGUGCCUGGAGCAGAGCGGCGAGUACAUCUACGCCAUGGGGAACAGCGACUCGUGCCAAGUGUGCAACGCCUUCUACGAAGUGGAGCAUGCCCACCAAGUGAGGAACAGUUACAUCUUCCCGAACCGGUACCAUUUUAAAGACCUCGGGUUCGCCUCAAAAAUUAGAGACAUCUACUGUGGGGGGAACAACACGUUCGUUCAGUUGGAAGCCUCUCUAGAUGUGUAUGCAAUCGGGAGAAAUGCCUACGGGUCCUGUGGAGUUUCUAUGAAAGACAACAUCAUAAAGAAGUUUGCAAAAAUUGAGGAAUUAUCUUCAAAAGAAAUUGCACAGCUAUGUGGUGGGCAAAGCUUCACCGUCUGCCUACUCAAAAAUAAUGACCUCUACAUUUGGGGGAACCGAGAAAUACUGGGGAUGGAAGCCGAGGAGGAUGCGUACUCUCCGCAGCAGUUAACUUAUUUUAAAAAGGAGAGCCAUCUCAUUAAAACGAUUUCCUGCGGGACGGACCACUGUCUAGUGUUGACAAAGGGUGGGAAGCUCUUCGGCUGGGGCACCGGAGGAAAUGACUUUGAAGAGGAUACAUGCAUCGGGGUCAUCGAGAAGAAUCAGCCCUCCGAAAUUGGCUUUCACAACUUCGUCGCCAAAACGUUUGCCAAAGGUAGGAAGGAAAACGAAGUUUCAAUUAGCCAUGUCCAAAUUGUCUCCUUCGCAGGGGGGUCAUCCCACUGCGCGUUCAUUACGUCCCAUGUGGACUCGGAGAGGAUGUCCAUUAAGAGAGGCCACGAUGAGAUUUACGAGGAGGAAAACAUGUUCGCGAAGAAGCACAGAAGGGAGAGCUUCCCCCCGGUGGACAUCGACGGGGGGCAACAUAAGAAGGUACCACAUGAGGAGGGAGAUGCCAAUGUUAAAGAUCCCACUAGUGAACAGGGCACUGACCCAUUCCGCAUAGAAGAACCCCAGAAGUUAGAGGUUAAAGAGAGCAAAAAAGGAAGCUUCUUCAAAGACCUUUUCUAUAACCCACAAACUCCAGUCAAUAGCAAGUACUACGUACAGUCAAAGGACUUAGAAAAUAUGGACAGCGAUCUGCUAGGCACCGUGGAGAAGACCACUGUCAGCAGAGAUUCACAGAAAAGGAGAAGGAGCGCUAAGAGUAAGCCCUACUUAAGCAAUGAAAGUCCCACCAGGAGACAGCCAAGGAGGUCCUGCAAAGAAAAUAUCAGCUUGAGUGAAAAGGCCCACAGACAAUUCUACCAAAUUGUGGACACCCCUAUAUCGAAGAAGAAACGGAAGACCACCCCUUCUUCCAUGAGGAGCAGGAACGUCAAGAUGAGGGGGGCUUCCUCCGAGGGGGCCAACAAAUCUAGGUCCGUUGGUGCAAAGAGGGAGAGCGUCGGACGGUCCUACUCUAAGAGGGACAACCCCAAGCGCGAAUCCGCUUCGCAGACGCCCGAUGCGAAGGUUGUUCGGGGGAAAUCGUCCAAGAUGAAGAGUUAG